AACGCAUGCUCAUUUGUGAUUAGAAUGAGCUAAGAUGUUGAUCUCAAUUCCUAUUGGACAACAAACAUGGUGGUGCCACUGGGUGUUGAGUAGGUUUUUAUAUGGUCUCAUGUAGUCCAGUGUGACAAGCAACAUAGAAGCACAGAGUUGCGUUGUUUUCUGUCUGUAGUUUCAUUCCUAAACCUUGUUUUGAACAGGUCAUCAUGGAGAAAGACAUUACUCUAAACAAGACUGCUGUAUUUACCUUAAAUCCCUGCUCUUUAGUCGAUCCUUUCAGUUUUAAAUUAACCCCAACCAUUUCUGCUGUAUGUGUAAUGUUGUAUGGCUUCCUUACACUUUUGUCUUUUGUCACAGUGUGCGGGAAUCUCUUGGUAAUAAUCUCUGUGUUUUACUUCAAACAGCUCCACACUCCUACUAACUCCCUCAUUCUGUCUCUGGCUGUGGCUGACCUGCUUGUAGGGAUUCUAGUGUUUCCUUUCAGCAUGGCAUUCUCUCUCAGCUCAUGUAUAUAUAAUGAUAGUUUAUUUUGUAAAGUUAGAGACAGCUUUGAUAUAUUACUCAGCACAUGCUCUAUUUCACACCUAUGCUGUAUUUCUAUUGACAGAUAUUAUGCCGUGUGUCAGCCACUAACAUAUAAAUCUAAAAUCAGCCACCGUGUUGUUGUCGUAAUGAUCACUGUAAGUUGGGGGCUUUCUGCUCUUAUUGGAAUUGCCAUGGUAUUAUCCAGACUAGAAGAAGGAUGUGAAGAAAUGUGUUUUGUUGAUGUAGUUGCGGCAAACACAGUUGGACCUAUAUUUUCUUUUUAUCUACCAGUUAUUAUAAUACUUAGCAUGUAUCUGAAGAUUUUCCUUGUUGCACAGAAACAGGCACGGAGCAUCCAAACAGGGACGAUGUGUGGAGCAACUGUCAGUAAGAUGGAAAGAAAGGCAACAAAAACUUUAGCUACAGUUCUGGGAGUCUUUCUUUUUUGUUGGACUCCUUUCUUUCUCUGUUUCACUUCUCUGCCUUUUACCCACAACCCAGGUCGAGUUCCUGUGAUUGAAACACUUAACUGGCUAGCUCUGUCAAAUUCAAUGCUAAAUCCAUUUAUCUAUGCGUUUUUUUACAGCUGGUUCAGGUCAGCUAUUAAAAUUAUUAUGUCUGGAAAAAUAUUACGAUGUGAUCUUACAAACACAAAAUUACAUUAAGUUACUCUGAGACACAAACUAUGGAAACAACUAGUAACAUUUCCAUGAAAGCAGACCUGAAUCAAUUUUGACUUGUGUUCAAGAUGGACACAUAUAUGCUUUAAAUAUUUGUGUUGACAGAAAAAUAAACAAAACAACCGUAAGAAAACAAACAAAAACAGAAAAGGAUGGACUAGAGUUAUAAAAUUAUUGCUUUUUCUGAUACAGAUCGUAUUGAAUUGGGUAAGGUGAGUUACACUAACAGUGUGUAGAAAAGCUUGUAAAAUGUAAGCCUUGAAUCUGCAACCUUUUUGCAGCGCGGCAACAGUGCUACCAUCAUAAUUAAUUGUGUCCCAGAGUGCCUGAGUAUUUUGUCCAUUCAGGAAGCAUUUGAUAAGGCAUUUCUUUCCCACCAGUUCUUUUACACUUUGAUUUUUGUUGGGGGCUAUAAUUCUUUUGACCUCUAAUUGUUCAUGUGGUUGACUGACCUGUUGUCUAGCCCCUGAACAUGCAUAUGGCUUACAGUCAUUUUUGUGAUCAGCCCAGUGGGUUUUCUGACAUUUUUUGAGCAAUAAAAUGCAGUUCUACAAAUUGAAAAGUGUUUUAUUCACUCUUCAUUUCCUUUUUUCCACAGUUCAUGCAACAGUGGGACUUGUGAUUUCCUUUGGUUGCCCCACGCCCCAAGGAGGCAACCCCGCUUAGUUUAAAGGGCCCCUAAAGGCUGACUGUUGUUUCUGCUCUACAACCUGCCCUAAAAUGCUCACUACUCCCACAUUUAAAACAAUGCUGGCAAUGUUCCUCAUUGGCCUGAGCACAAGCAAAGCACCUAGGUUGUGGCCGUGGUCUUUGAUAAUAUCUGUGUGGAGUAAACCUUUGUUGGAAUUGUGCAGUCUCUCACCCGUCCUGGCCCAUACUGAGGCCAGCUCUCCUGCAGUAAUUCUGGGUGUUGCCGAGGGUAGAAUGACGACAUGGAUCUGAAAGAUGACUGUUCGGAGGAUGAGAAUGCUGGGCUUAAUACAGACACUUGUUCUGGGCGUUGUGGAGGUUGCUUUGGUACUGUGGUAUUAUUUUUGUUGGAUUGUUUCCCUAAUUUGGGACACUUCGGCUCUCAAAUCGUUCAAUAAAACCAUGUCAGAGCGCAUCUCUUUGAUCUCAGAUAACAAGUCGGGGGACAUUUAGAUCUACUCUGUUGAGUGGAAGGUUUAGUCUCCGUUUGCAGGUCACUAGACUGGACAGUACUCACACUAGUUGCUCUUUAUGGGGCAGCAUGCUUCUUUUUGUCUUGUCUCUCCUUUUCGUUUGUGCAAGCAA